AACGGGAAGCGGGGGAGACGUUGUGAGACCUGGCCUACACCGCUUCGAAGUUGGCUGGAAUGUUGCAGCGUAGGCGUAGAGUCGCGGGAAUGAAACCGAUGGGCAAGGCCGUGAGACUUUGGACAGUGGAACUUUUAUGCGAGGUCAGAAGACAGGUUUUGGUACCUCGCGAAAAGAGGCUGUCUUCGCAAAAGACUAAUGAGUAGCAUGGCUGGAUUCAACAUACUGGAUCUAGUAUAUAAAGAAGACCAAGACCUCUGUUCUAAUGGUCUUUAAGCAAUCCCAUCGACCACUCCGAAUCCCUUGUCCGAGUCAAAAUCUCUCAAGAUGCUCUUCAGCAAUAUCGUAGUUCUCCUGGCCGCAAACCUUGCCACAGGCGCUGCUGUCGCCGUGGGCACCUCAUCAGAUGUGAUCAACCUCGACGCCACGGACCUCCAGCGCCGCACCGCUUGUGCCGCGGCCGGGGUCGUCAACGGCCAGUGCGGCCGGUACUACCGCGGCACCGGCUGCAGCGACCAGAUCGAAGCGAUCGGACCCGGCUACUCCUCCGACGCCAUCGCCAGCCUCAGAGCCGUCGGCGACGGGACCUACGGGACCAACUGUCACCUGUACUAUGACAACAACUGCCAGAACCAGAUUGGCGAGACUGGGAACGCUAUAGUUGGCGGCGGGAAGUGUUACACGCCUCCGAGCGGGAGGACUGGGCAUAGCUUCUUGUGCUGGUACAGGUGCUAA